UCUUCCCAGGCUCGAUCGAUUCUUUCCCUUGCGUUUGCGUUCACGUUUGUUAGGCAGGUUCAAUGGCGCCUCUCGGUGAUGGUGUUGCUCCCGUGGCUGCCGCGGCGGCGCCCGGUCUCGUCGUCUCCUUCGGUGAGAUGCUAAUCGACUUCGUGCCGAACGUGGCCGGCGUCUCGCUCGCCGAGUCCGGAGGCUUCGUCAAGGCGCCCGGAGGCGCACCCGCCAACGUCGCAUGCGCCGUCUCCAAGCUUGGCGGCUCCUCCGCCUUCGUCGGCAAGUUUGGCGACGACGAGUUCGGCCACAUGCUGGUGGACAUCCUCAAGCAGAACGGCGUGAACACGGAGGGCUGCCUCUUCGACGAGCACGCGCGCACCGCCCUGGCCUUCGUCACCCUCAAGUCCAACGGCGAACGUGAGUUCAUGUUCUACCGCAACCCGUCCGCCGACAUGCUCCUCACGGAGGCGGAGCUCAACCUCGACCUCAUCCGCCGCGCCCGCAUCUUCCACUAUGGCUCCAUCUCGCUCAUCACCGAGCCUUGCCGCUCCGCCCACGUCGCCGCCAUGCGUGCCGCCAAGUCCGCCGGCAUCCUCUGCUCCUACGACCCCAAUGUGCGCCUCCCGCUCUGGCCCUCCGCCCAGGCCGCUCGCGACGGCAUCAUGAGCAUUUGGAAGGAGGCUGACUUCAUCAAGGUGAGCGACGAGGAGGUGGCGUUCCUCACCCAGGGCGACGCCCACGACGAGAAGAAUGUCCUCUCCCUCUGGUUCGAGGGCCUCAAGCUGCUCGUCGUCACCGACGGCGAGAAGGGGUGCAGGUACUUCACCAAGGACUUCAAGGGCUCCCUGCCAGGCUACUCUGUUAACACGGUCGACACCACCGGUGCCGGUGAUGCCUUUGUUGGAUCCCUCCUCCUCAGCGUCGCCAAGGACGACUCCAUCUUCUACAAUGAGGCCAAGCUGAGGGAGGUGCUGCAGUUCUCAAACGCUUGCGGGGCCAUCUGCACCACCAAGAAGGGAGCCAUCCCGGCGCUGCCCACCACAGCCACCGCCCUGGACCUCAUCAGCAAGGGCACCAACUAGCUCGUCUCGGUGUCGCGACGUCCGGGUGGAAUCUUAGGAGAGUUUAGCUCCAUUUUUAUUAGGGAUGAGUUAAGUUUAGUUCGUGUGCCAGUCUUAAUAAAAAUCAAGCAUCUGUAUAAUUAAGGAGGCUACUGAUUGUUGUAGCCUUCACCUGCAAUUUAUCCGAGCCUUGAAUGAAUGGACUUGUGUUCGGAAAAAGAAAAAUACAGUGCUGCUGGCUUAGAGUAGAGUUUGUUUUCUAGUCGUAUAAUGCAAUGUUUACUUAUCUCUUGCUCUUAGUUUCAUCAUCAGUAAUGAUUUUAUUCCUCUUGGCGGUCGCAUCAGGCAUGUUUUAAUAAGAUCGUAUUUUAUGGGAAGGAGGGAGUACUUUUUUUCUUCUGGAAAACAAAAUUCGAAACAAACAUUUUACGGUAACUUGCUAUACAAGAUACAAGAUGUACAAAUCCCAUCUUAUCAUUCUACAAGGUCCAACCAAAUCAUGGGCACGCCUUCGCACCAAUGAAAUGAUUUUGCACAAUUUGUAGUUGGAGAUCUCUUCUUACCUUUUCUUUUCUUUCUCUUUUGCAUCCACUAUAUUUAUUAAUUUCCGGAUCUUUCGCUUCCUCAUCAACGAGCUAUUCAUGCAUGCAGGGAAACUCACGCAGUCACGCGCCCGUAUUCCCUUCCCAUUAAAAAAAAA